CCCUUCUCUAUUCAUAAAUCUCUGUAUGUCGGCCAUUUUCCCUCCCUAAUUCUUUAUUUGACUGAAAGUCCAGUUUCUGAGGCGUCUUCCAGGGCAGUUCCACCCAGAGGGCCUUGCCACCGUCCCCUCGGAUCCAGAGCAGGAAGUCCCGAAGGGACGGUGGCUGGAGCUAGACAUGGGCCCUGAUGCUCACCAAGCCACCCAAGCAGAUAUGGCUGGCUUGGGGCGAAGCUCUGGACUAUGAAGUGGGGUGGGGAGGGACCCCCACUGUUUCCUUGGCUUCAGAUUACACUCACUUGUCAUUCACAGUUAUGACUUCUCCCUCCCCCUUUUCCCCCCAUACAGCUUGGAGUCUGAGCUGUGGUGCAAUCCAGCCCUGGUUCCUAGCAAGACUCAGCCACGCUUCCUCAGGAAACAUUCUUCUCCUCUUCAUCUUACAAUAGAAUAGUGUGUUUGAUUCAGACGAUUUUCUGCACCUCGCAUUAGUACCCACAGAACUUGGCAGAGGACCAAGGGGCUCCUUCCAAUCUCUUGGAGACUUCCGAAGAGCCCAGAUGGAGGAGCAAGACUCAGCUGGCCCUGAAGCAGGAAGAGGCCAUGCCAUGGAAACUGGGAACAGUGGGGAAUUCUGGGAAAACUCUGUGAAGAAGGAACUGGGUGAGGAGGACACCCUUUGCUCAGAGGUGCAGAGCCAGGAGCUCAGUCAGUUCUGCUACCAGGAGGCCAAAGGACCCCGAGAGGUUUGCAGCCAACUCUACCACCUUGACCAUCAGUGGCUGAAGCCAGAAAGGCACACGAAAGCUCAGAUGUUGGACCUGGUGAUCUUGGAGCAGUUCCUGGCUGUCCUUCCUCUGGAGAUGGAGAACUGGGUGAGGGAAUGCGGAGCGGAGACCACUUCCCAGGCGGUGGCCCUGGCCGAAGGUUUCCUCCUGAGUCAAGCAGAGGAGAGGAAGCAGGCAGAGCAGCAGAGGAAGGAUCUUUUGGCAGAAAUGGGUCUUGAUUCUUCUGAGGCAGAGAAGACUCCGCUGGACGCCAGAGUGAGGCCUCUGGGAGACGGAAUGAUGCCACCAAGACCUGCUCCUUCAUCUUUUCAUGGUGGUGGAGGGGAGGCAGCAGCUGUGGACCCAGAUCAGGGUCCAGUGUGCUUUGAAGAUGUGGCUGUCCAUUUCACAGACGAGGAGUGGGCGUUGCUGGAUCCUGACCAGAGAGCUCUCCAUAAGGAAGUCAUGGAGGAGAAUCGUGGGAUCUUGGACUCUCUCGUUUCAGGUGGUGAUGAAUUGGAAAUGAAGAACAAGGGAGACCACAACGAAAUCCACACAGUAGAGGAUCCAUAUCAGGAUUCAGACUGUGGAGAGAGCUUCAGGCAGAGCUCCCAUUCCACUUCCCAUCAAAUAAAUCCCCUUGAGAAGAAACACUAUCAGUGCUUGGAGUGUGGAAAGAGCUUCACUCGGAGUGCACAUCUCACAUCCCAUCGUAGAAUUCAUACAGGGGAGAAACCAUAUCACUGCUUGGAGUGUGGAAAGAGCUUCAGUCACAGCCACGAUCUUACUUCCCAUCGUAGAAUUCAUACAGGAGAGAAACCCUAUCAGUGCUUUGAAUGUGGAAAAAGCUUCAGUCAGAGGGCCCAUCUCACGACCCAUCAAAGGAUUCAUACAGGGGAGAAACCCUUUCAGUGCGUGGAAUGUGGGAAAAGCUUCAGUCAGGGCUCCAAUCUCACUGCCCACCAUAGAAUUCAUACAGGGGAGAAACCAUAUCACUGCUGGGAGUGUGGAAAGAGCUUCAGUCAAAGCCACAAUCUCACUUGCCAUCGUAAAAUUCAUACAGGGGAGAAACCAUAUCACUGCUUCAGUCACAGCCAUGAUCUCACUUCCCAUCGUAGAAUUCAUACAGGGGAAAAACGCUAUCAGUGCGUGGAAUGUGGAAAGAGAUUCAGAAAUUGCUCAGAUCUCACUUCCCAUCAAAGAAUUCAUACAGGGGAGAAACCCUAUCAGUGCUUGGAGUGUGGAAAGAGAUUCAGCUGGAAACAGAGCUUUGUUUUCCAUAAAAAAAUACAUACAGGGAAGAAACCCUAUCAGUGCUUGGAAUGUGGAAAGAGCUUCAGUCAAAACCGCAGUUUCACUUCCCAUCUAAGAAUUCAUACAGGGGAGAAACCCUAUCAGUGUCUGGAAUGUGGAAAGAGCUUCACCAGGAAAGAAAGUCUCACAGCCCAUCACAAAAUCCAUACAGGGGAGAAACCCUAUCAGUGCCUGGAAUGUGGAAAGAGCUUCAGUCAAAGCAACAAUCUCAUUUCCCAUCAGAGAAUUCACACAGGGGCUGCCUGGCUCUGCAACUUCACAGAGCUGGAGAACAUGCUCCAUGACUGGCUCAUGGGCGGCCUGAGGGACAAGAAGCUGCAGUGGCACCUCUACGCCAAGAAGGACCUGACGUUCCAGGCUGCCCUAGAGGAGGCUGUAGCAACUGAAGCUGCUGAGAGGUCAGCGCAAGGAUUCCAGUCAAACAUGUCGUCCCAACCGAGGAUCCACCUCGAGGACCUCACCGACGACUCAGAAUCCGACCAGGAGGACCCCUCCCCCUCUGACGUCCCUUCCGGCCUGGCCCUCGCCUGCCGGGCUCUGGAUUUGCUGCAGCUUGCAUUACGACACACAGAACUUGGCAGAGGACCAAGGGGCUCCUUCCGAUCUCUUGGAGACUUCCUGGGAGCCCAGAUGGAGGAGCAAGACUCAGCUGGCCCUGAAGCAGGAAGAGGCCACGCCCAGGAAACGGGGAGUAGUGGGGGAUUCUGGGAAAACUCCGUGCAGAAGAUCCUGGAUGAGGAGGACACCCCUUGCUCAGAGGUGCAGAGCCAGCAGCUCAGUCAGUUCUGCUACCAGGAGGCCAAAGGACCCCAAGAGGUUUGCAGCCAGUUCUACCAUCUUGACCAUCAGUGGCUGAAGCCAGAAAGGCACACGAAAUCUCAGAUGCUGGACCUGGUGAUCUUGGAGCAGUUCCUGGCUGUCCUUCCUCUGGAGAUGGAGAACUGGGUGAGGGAAUGCGGAGCGGAGACCACUUCCCAGGCGGUGGCUGUGGCCGAAGGUUUCCUCCUGAGUCAGGCAGAGGAGAGGAAGCAGGCAGAGCAGCAGAGGAAGGAUCUUUUGGCAGAAAUGGGUCUUGAUUCUUCUGAGGCAGAGAAGACUCCGCUGGACGCCAGAGUGAGGCCUCUGGGUGACGGAAUGAUGCCACCAAGACCUGCUCCUUCAUCUUUUCAUGGUGGUGGAGGGGAGGCAGCAGCUGUGGACCCAGAUCAGGGUCCAGUGUGCUUUGAAGAUGUAGCUGUCCAUUUCACUGAUGAGGAGUGGGCGUUGCUGGAUCCUGACCAGAGAGCUCUCCAUAAGGAAGUCAUGGAGGAGAAUCGUGGGAUCUUGGACUCUCUUGUUUCAGGUGGUGAUGAAUUGGAAAUGAAGAACAAGGGAGACCGCAACGAAAUCCACACAGUGGAGGAGCCAUAUCAGGAUUCAGACGGUGGAGAGAGCUUCAGUCAGAGCUCCCAUUCCACUUCCCAUCAAAGAAAUCCGCUUGAGAAGAAACCCUAUCAGUGCUUGGAAUGUGGAAAAAGCUUCACCUGGAAACAGAGUUUGGCUGCCCAUCAAAGAAUUCAUACAAAAGAGAAACCCUAUCGCUGCUUGGAGUGUGGAAAGAGCUUCAGUCACAGUCACAAUCUCACUACCCAUCGUAGGAUUCAUACAGGAGAGAAACCUUAUCACUGUGUGGAAUGUGGAAAGAGCUUCAGUCACAGCUCCCAUCUCACUGCACAUCAAAGAAUUCAUACAGGGGAGAAACCAUAUCACUGCUUAGAGUGUGGAAAGAGCUUCAGUCAGAGGGCUAAGCUCACUUCCCAUCAAAGGAUUCAUACAGGGGAGAAACCCUAUCAGUGCUUGGAAUGUGGAAAGAGCUUCAAUCACAGGGCCAAGCUCACUUCCCAUCAAAGGAUUCAUACAGGGGAGAAACCCUAUCAGUGCUUGGAAUGUGGAAAGAGCUUAACUCGGAGUGCCCAUCUCACUUCUCAUCAAAGGAUCCAUACAGGGGAGAAACCCUAUCAGUGCUUGGAAUGUGGAAAGAGCUUCAGGCAAAAAAGCAGUUUUACUUCCCAUCAAAGAAUUCAUACAGGGGAGAAACCCUAUCAGUGCUUGGAAUGUGGAAAGAGCUUCCGUCAAAAAAGCAGUUUCACUUCCCAUCAAAGAAUUCAUACAGGGGAGAAACCCUAUCAGUGCUUGGAAUGUGGAAAGAGCUUCAAUCAGAGGGCCAAGCUCACUUCUCAUCAAAGGAUUCAUACAGGGGAGAAACCCUAUCAGUGCUUGGAUUGUGGAAAGAGCUUCACUCGGAGUGCCCAUCUCACUUCUCAUCAAAGGAUCCAUACAGGGGAGAAACCCUAUCAGUGCGUGGAAUGUGGAAAGAGCUUCAGUCAAAAAACCAGUUUCACUUCCCAUCAAAGAAUUCAUACAGGGGAGAAACCCUGUCAGUGUGUGGAAUGUGGAAAUAGUUUCAGCCAGAGCUCCCAUCUCACUGCACAUCAAAGAAUUCAUACAGGGGAGAAACCAUAUCACUGCUUGGAGUGUGGAAAGAGCUUCAGUCACAGCCACAAUCUUACUUCCCAUCGUAGAAUUCAUACAGGAGAAAACCCCUUUCAGUGCCUGGAAUGUGGAAAGAGCUUCACUCGGAGUACCCAUUUCACUUCCCAUCAAAGAAUUCAUACAGGGGACGAACCCUAUCAGUGUGUGCAAUGUGGAAAGAGCUUCACCAGGAAAGAAUAUCUAACUGUUCAUCAAAGAAUUCAUACAGGGGAGAAACCGUAUCAGUGCUUGGAAUGUGGAAAAAGCUUCACCUGGAAAGAAAGUCUAACUGUCCAUCAGAGAAAUCAUACAGGCGAGAAACCGUAUCAGUGCUUGGAAUGUGGAAAGAGCUUCAGUCACAGCUAUACUCUCACUUCCCAUUGUAGAAUUCAUACAAGGGAGAAACCCUAUCAGUGCGUGGAAUGUGGAAAGAGCUUCAAUCUGAGGGCCCAUCUCACUUCCCAUCAAAGGAUUCAUACAGGGGAGAAACCCUAUCAGUGCAUGGAAUGUGGAAAGAGCUUCAGUCACAGCUACAGUCUGACUUCCCAUCGUAGAAUUCAUACAGGGGAGAAACCCUAUCAGUGCAUGGAAUGUGGAAGGAGCUUCACCAGGAAAGAAAGUCUUACUUCCCAUCAAAGAAUUCAUACAGGAGAAAACCCCUUUCAGUGCCUGGAAUGUGGAAAGAGAUUCAUUAACAGCUCCACACUCACUUCCCAUCAAAGAAUUCAUACAGGGGAGAAACCCUUUAAGUGCUUGGAAUGUGGAAAGAGCUUCACCUGGAAAGAAAAUCUCACUUCCCAUCAAAGGAUUCAUACAGGGAAGAAACCCUUUAAGUGCUUGGAAUGUGGAAAGAGCUUCACCUGGAAAAUAAGUUUCACUUCCCAUCAAAGAAUUCAUACAGGAGAAAACCCCUUUCAGUGCCUGGAAUGUGGAAAGAGCUUCACCAGGAAAGUAGGUCUCACUGCCCAUCAAAAAUUACACACAGUCGAGGAAUCAUAUCAGUGUUAGGAAUGUGGAAAGAGCUUUAGUCAAAAAGGAAAUCUCAUUUCAUCAAAGAAUACAUACAGGGGAGGAAUCAUAUCAAUGCCAAGAGUGUGAUCGGAGGGAUUUAUGAAAGUCUCAUUUUUCAAGUUCUCUAAAAAAAUACAGUUGUAGCUCUUAAAAGGACUUAGAGCUAGCUGAAAACGCUAAAAUCAAGACAGGCUUCGACAAGUUUGUUUCUCUUUGAAGGAAAAUAUUUCUUCUACUCUGAGCCACUUAAAGAGAAUUGGAUUCCUGCAAGACAACCACUCUUAUCUGGACACCUAAAUUGCUAGGUCCUCUUGGACACAUUCUUUCUUUUUUCUGUUUUAUGGUUCCUCUCUUAAAGUAAUUAUUUGGUUUAUUUGUUUAAUUCGAAUCUUAAUUUGAGAAAUUGGAUUUUAUGUUAAACAUCUUAUGUGUGUUGGGUAUCAGGCUGGAAGGAAGAGGGAGGGCUGGAAAAAUGCAGGAAACAGGAUCUCUUGGGAAAGAGUUAUUCUGUGACCUUGACAAACUGAUAAGGUGCUGUUGGAAAAUAGGUUGCUUUGAGAACAAGGGAGAGGGAGAUUUUGAAUAUGGCAGUUCAAAAACAGUUUACACCAGGCCUGUGUUAAAUUUGGAGAAGCUAUUAGCCCGAAUUGAUAAAAAUAAUGAAAUGGAGACAAAUUUGACCACUAAAGUAGAGACACUGACAAAGGAAACAGAAGCACUAGAUGUCUCCAUGAAAGGAAGGGAGGUGAAGUCUGAAAAGCUGGAAAAGAAGACAAAAAAUGGAAAACAGAACAGGAGACGCUUAGGAUUGAUGUGGACGGUUUGGGUGGGAGAUAAGAGGCAAUUGCGGGCGCUUUGGCGGUUCUUGAGAUGAGACAGAAAGCCCAGCCUCUGAGACGGAGAGGAGGGAGGAGAGCAGGAUUUUAGCAAAGGUUUGAGCGGAGUGGCUGGGAGUGGAAGAGGAAUUCAUGGAGGAGGCGCCACUCUCCUCACAGCCGGGGGUGGUGGCUUUUGGGUAGAAAACCAAUGUGAAUAAAUUCCCCCAGUGAAACCCCCUGGCCGGUCUUCCUAUAUUCAGAGUCUUCUUUCCCUGUGCCCCCACCCCGCCCCAAUCAAAGUCCCAGCCAGCAGCUGCCCCCCAGGCCUUCCUCCGCCCAUCUUGGGGCCUCAAGGCAUGCAGGCAGAAUUUGGUGGGGGGCCAGGCUGGGCUCAGAGGUCUGCUUUCCUCUCCUUCCACUGGGAAGCUUGUCUACUAACUAAUGGAUAAAGGGUUGUUUGGAAGACUAAGCCAUCUCUACCCCCCACCCUGUUUUGAAAUAAAGCCAAUUUAAGAAUUGGGGGCACAGAGGAAGGAGAAUGUUAUGUUCUAAGCUUGGAUCCUAGAACAACAGGCAAGUAGGUUCCUAGAAUGCAACAACUGAUUGACUUGCAGGAAAAGACCAAUCAGGCUCCAGGAGGGAAGCAGAAUCAGCCAGUCAGACAGGACUAAUUGUGUAAUUAAUGUAUACAAAAGCCUGAGGUUUGGGGGGCAAUUAAAUCACUGUUUUACAAGCUUCAAUAAAGAGCAUGAAAUCA